AUGGCAUCAACAUCACAGCCUCUGCGAGGUAAAAGGGCAUGUAAAAAAAUAUUUUGGGCAGUGUUUCCUCAUGCCUGCUUCAUUCUCUCUCUUGUGAUCUACGCUUUUCUUGGGGCUCUCAUGUUUUCCCACAUUGAAGGUAACCGGAAGGUCAAUUUAAGUGAAGAAUAUAGAAAAUUUCUGCAGAAUCUGUGGUACAUCUCCAGAAAUUUAUCAGAUAACAUGACAGAAAAUGAGGAGAUAUUUAAGGAAAAAAUCCAUGCACUGCUCAACACAGCUGAACGAGACUGGUUUGUCAAUCCAAAAGAUAUAUGGACUUUCUUUGGGUCUCUCUUUUUCUGCUGCACAGUAUUCACAACUGUGGGUUAUGGUAAUACCUAUCCUGUGACACGGACUGGAAAAUAUCUCUGUAUGUUGUAUGCUUUAUUUGGCAUCCCUCUGAUGUUCUUGGUCCUGACAGACAUGGGAGACAUCCUUGCGACUGUCUUAUCCAAGUCUUACAAUGAAUUCAGAAAACUACAGUCAAAAAUUCUAGCUUCUAAACUCUGUUCUGGAUCCACAUGUAACAAAGGGGAUGAACUGAAAUCAAGAACACAGUCUAAAGUAGUCAUCAAUGAGUCCUUGACUAUUAUGGAAGUGCUGAAAAGUCACCCAGGUGUUAAAAGGAAGCCAACCAAAUAUCGCAAUGCUGAAAUUUUUGAAAUGUUAAUUGCCAGAGAAAAUGAACACACAAAACCAGCAAGAAAUAAAAGCAUUGAGAGAUGGAGUUCAUGUCCCGAACUAGCCAGGGGAAAGACAAUGUCCAGAGUAAUUGAGAAUUUUGACAGAAUAGGGAAACAGUUAGAAAAAUUAGAUGUGCCCAUUGUAUUAAUGGUGCUAGUUAUCUUUGUGUACAUCUCCUGUGCAGCUGCUAUUCUUCCAAACUGGGAAACCAGGUUAGAUUUUCAGGAAGCCUUUUAUUUCUGCUUUAUCACCUUGACAACUAUUGGAUUUGGCGAUACACAACUGGAACAUCCCAAGUUUUUCUUGUUUUUUUCCCUGUAUAUUAUUAUUGGCAUGGAAAUUGUCUUCAUUGCUUUUAAGCUGGGCCAAGACCGCUUAAUUGGUUUGUAUAAAAAGGUGAUUUCAUUUUGUGGGGAGAAAAAGAUGCCGUCAGAGAAAGUAUAUCCAAAAUAAGAGCAGUCAUUUCUCCUUCACUUGUAAGCAUUGGCAACUGCAAUGAGAUGAAACGGUUCCUGUGCAUUUCUGCCUUGGGCUGACAGGAGGCAUAUUUUGUUCUGAUUUCCUCUGAGAAUCUACUGUAAAAUCGCUGAAUACCUCAGGAGACAUUUGAUGAAGGCAUCUCCAGGGAGUACUUUCCAACAGGGUCUCAUCUUCCCAAAGAUGACGCAUGAUGAAAAAGCAGAAGACUCUCCUUGCUAGUGCUCCCUAGCAUCUUCUGCAAAGCUCUGACUUUCAGCAGCCUUUCUGUCCUCUCUCUCACAGCAAGCCAGUUUAGGAUUUAUUUUUUCAGCACUUGCCCAAGCAAGGCCCAGAUCACUGUCUCGUCCUGCCACCUUGUCUGCAGCCAGGGACAGCUUGGUUGUGGCUGUAGGUACUGAACUGUGACAGCAUGCUACUGCAAUAUGAUUCAUCAUCAGAGAGAGUUGGGGAAAAGAAGUAUGAACCCAGCUGCUCUUCCAUCAUGACUGCAGGUAUUGCAAAAUUGCACCUUUGUGUAGGCCAGGGGAAUUUUAAAAUGAAAGGAAGGACACCAAAUUUUCACCUCUUUCUCUGUCCCCUGUCCAGAAAUCAGUCAGAAAAUUGUUCAUCUGUUCAGGGCUGAACCCCCUCCUUUUCCCUCACGAUUUAUCGUAUCUCUACUCAGCCCAGAGUCGCCACGUGUCUCAUGGUGUCCAGCUAUACAAGUGCUUAUGACAAGUUCUGCUCCUCAGCUGGCCACCUGGGGGAAGGCACGCAGCAAACCUGAAGGUGACUACAGCCGUGGAACAAAGCUCCAUCUCUUUGCUGUUAAAAGAGCAUGAGGGUCUGGGGACACCGGUCCCAGAAGUCCUCACUCUUACUUCAGGUUUUACUCUGUACAGACUGCUUGACUUCUGGGAGUUCCUUGACCCACUCAUAGAAAGGAAAGCCUACCUGUUUCACUGGGAUGUGGUGAGGAUCCUGCAGUUAUAUACUUGUGGAGCGCAUUAAUGUGUGAAUAAUGCUGUUUCUUCAAGACUUUGCUUAUAUUAUUAAUAAUCUGAAUUGAGCUAACAAUGAUAGAUAAUUUUUUCUUUAAAAAAACCCCAACCCACACUCUAUAAAAGAAACCACUGACUUUAAUUAACCGCCUCUUAACCUGUAAGUUAUAUGCAUGCCCACUGAAUGUGAACAACAUCCUUAGAUAGCAAAGCAUGCUUGAUUGUGACAGAAUGUACAUUAUUCUCCAUGGUAAAUUUGCCAUUUGAAGCUGAGAUUUUCAGAAUAUUUACAUGGCGUCUUAUCUCUGUUACACUCCAUGUACAUGGUAAUUUGUAUUCAGUCCUUAUUAAUAAUUAGUUGUGCUUAAAUACUGAUGAUAUGUAAAAUAUAUAAUGAGUGAUAGUAUCUGGAAAAAAGUGCUUUAUAAGAAUAACAAUAAAGAAUACAACAG